GCGCCGCUGCCCCUGCUCGCCUAUCUGCUGGUGCUGGCGGCGCCCGCCCGGGGCGCGGAGGAGUCCGUGUGGCGGUCGGAGCAAGCCAUCGGAGCCAUCGCGGUGAGCCGGAAGGACGGCGUGUUCGUGGCGAGCGGCAGCUGCCUGGACCAGCUGGACUACAGCCUGGAGCGCAGGCUCUCGCGCUUGUACCGGGACCAAGCGGGCAACUGCACGGAGCCCGUCUCGUUGGCGCCCCCCGAGCGGCCCCGGCCCGGGAGCAGCUUCAGCAAGCUGCUGCUGCCCUACCGCGAGGGGGAGUCCGACCCCGGAGGGCUGCUGCUCACCGGCUGGACCUUCGACAGGGGCGCCUGCGAGGUGAGGCCCCUGGGCAACCUGAGCCGCAGCUCUCUGCGCAACGGCACCGAGGUGGUGUCUUGUCACCCGCAGGGCUCGACGGCCGGCGUGGUGUACCGCGCGAACAGCAGCAAUCGCUGGUACCUGGCGGUGGCCGCCACCUAUGUGCUGCCGGAGCCGGAGACAGCCAACCGCUGCAACCCCGCAGCAUCCGAUCGCGCCACAGCCAUUGCGCUCAAGAACACCGAGGGGCGCAGCCUGCCCACCGAGGAAAUGGGCCGCCUCAAGCUGCGCGAGGGGGCGGGCAGCCUGCACUUCGUGGAUGCCUUUCUCUGGAACGGUAGCGUCUACUUCCCCUACUACCCCUACAACUACACGAGCGGCGCCGCCACCGGCUGGCCCAGCAUGGCGCGCAUCGCGCAGAGCUCCGAGGUGCUGUUCCAGGGCCAGGCGGCCCUGGACUGCGGCCACGGACACCCCGACGGCCGCCGGCUGCUCCUCUCCUCUAGUCUGGUGGAGGCCCUGGACGUCUGGGCGGGCGUGUUCAGCGCGGCCACAGGAGAGGGCCAGGAGAGGCGCUCCCCCGCCACCACAGCGCUCUGCCUCUUCAGGAUGAGUGAGAUCCAGGCGCGCGCCAAGAGCUGCAGCUGGGACUUCGAGUUGAUCCUUCCCAACUGCAAAGAAGGGGAUAAACCUGAAAGAGUUCAGCCAAUUGCAUCAUCCACCUUGAUCCAUUCCGACCUGACCUCUGUUUAUGGCACCGUGGUAAUGAACAGGACUAUUUUAUUCUUGGGGACUGGAGAUGGCCAGUUACUGAAGGUUAUUCUUGGUGAGAAUUUGACUUCAAAUUGUCCGGAGGUUAUCUAUGAAAUUAAAGAAGAGACACCUGUUUUCUAUAAACUCGUUCCAGAUCCCAGGAAGAACAUCUACAUCUAUCUAACAGCCGGAAAAGAGGUGAGGAGAAUUCGUGUUGCAAACUGCAGUAAACAUAAAUCCUGUUCAGAGUGCUUAACAGCAGCAGACCCCCACUGCGGUUGGUGCCAUUCACUACAAAGGUGUACUUUUCAAGAAGAUUGUGUCAAUUCAGGGCAGUCAGAAAACUGGCUGGAUGUUUCCUAUGGAGCUAAAAAAUGUCCUAAAAUUCAGAUAAUUCGAAGCAGCAGAGAUAAGACCACAGUGACUAUGGUGGGCAGCUUCUCUCCAAAAAACUCAGAUUGUACGGUGAGGAACGUGGAUACCAGCAGGGUGCUCUGCCAGGGGAAAAGUCAGUUAAACAGGACCUGCACCUGUAACAUCCCCACCAGACCCAUCUACAGAGAUGUCUUAAUGGUCAACGUGACGUUCUCCUUCCCUUCUUGGAUUUUAUCAAAGCGAUUCAACUUAACCAACUGCUCAUCAUUAAGAGAAUGCUCCAAAUGUAUUGGAACUGGCUGUGCUUGGUGUAACAGUGCGAGAAGGUGUAUCCACCCCUUCACAGCUUGUGACCCUUCUGAUUAUCACAGCAACCAGGAACUCUGUCCAGUGGCCAUUGAGAAACCACCCAAGAACCCUGGAGGAGGAAGAUUCAAGGAGAAUAAGAGCAACAGAACCAACCAGGGUUUACAGGUCUUCUACAUUAAGGCCAUUGAGCCACAGAAAAUAUCGACAUUGGGGAAAAGUAACGUGAUCGUUACGGGAGCCAACUUUACCCGGGCAUCAAAUAUCACCAUGAUCCUGAAAGGAACCAGCACUUGUGAUAAGGAUGUGAUACAGGUUAGCCAUGUGCUAAAUGACACCCAUAUGAAAUUCUCUCUCCCAUCGAGCCGAAAAGAGAUGAAGGAUGUGUGUAUCCAGUUUGAUGGUGGGAACUGCUCUCCUGUGGGAGCUCUAUCCUACAUUGCCCUGCCUCACUGUUCCUUCAUAUUUCCUGCUACCACCUGGAUGAGUGGUGGUCAAAAUAUAACGAUUGUGGGCAGAAAUUUUGAUGUCAUUGACAACUUAAUCAUUUCACAUGAACUAAAAGGAAACAUAAAUGUCUCUGAACACUGUAUGGCGACUUUCUGCAUGUUUUUGGCCCCCAGCUUAAAGAGUUCAAAGGCGCGUACGAAUGUCGCUGUGAAGCUGAGAGUACAAGACACCUACUUGGACUGUGGAACCUUGCAGUAUCUCGAGGACCCCAGAUUUACAGGGUAUCGAGUCGAAUCUGAGAUUGACACAGAACUGGAAGUAAAAAUUCAAAAAGAGAAUGACAACUUCAACAUUUCCAAGAAAGACAUUGAAAUCACACUCUUCCAUGGGGAAAAUAAGCAAUUAAAUUGCAGUUUUGAAAAUAUUACCAGAAACCAAGAUCUCACCACCAUCCUUUGCAAAAUCCAAAACAUCAGGAACGCCAACAGCAUCGCCACUUCUUCCAAGAAAGUCCGUGUCAGACUGGGAAACUUGGAGCUUUAUGUGGAGCAGGAAUCUGUCCCUUCCACUUGGUAUUUUCUGAUUGUGCUCCCCGUCUUGCUCGUGAUUGUCAUUUUUGCGGCCGUAGGGGUGACCAGGCAGAAAUCAAAGGAACUCAGUCGCAAACAAAGUCAACAGCUGGAGCUUCUGGAAAGCGAACUCCGGAAGGAGAUCCGCGAUGGCUUUGCUGAGCUGCAGAUGGAUAAAUUGGAUGUGGUUGAUAGUUUUGGAACUGUUCCCUUCCUUGACUACAAACAUUUUGCUCUGAGAACUUUCUUCCCUGAGUCAGGUGGCUUCACACACAUCUUCACCGAAGAUAUGCAUAAUAGAGAUGCCAACGACAAGAAUGAAAGUCUCACAGCUUUGGAUGCCCUGAUCUGUAAUAAAAGUUUCCUGGUGACUGUCAUCCAUACACUAGAAAAGCAGAAGAACUUCUCAGUAAAGGACAGGUGUCUGUUUGCCUCCUUCUUAACCAUUGCUCUGCAAACCAAGCUGGUCUACCUGACCAGCAUCCUGGAGGUGCUGACCAGGGACUUGAUGGAGCAGUCCAGUAACAUGCAGCCUAAACUCAUGCUAAGGCGCACAGAGUCCGUGGUUGAAAAACUUCUCACAAACUGGAUGUCCGUCUGCCUUUCUGGUUUUCUUCGGGAGACUGUUGGUGAACCAUUCUAUUUGCUGGUGACGACUCUGAACCAGAAAAUCAACAAGGGUCCAGUAGACGUAAUCACUUGCAAAGCGCUGUACACCCUUAAUGAAGACUGGCUGCUGUGGCAAGUUCCCGAAUUCAGUACUGUGGCAUUAAAUGUCGUCUUUGAAAAAAUCCCAGAAAACGAGAGUGCAGAUGUCUGUCGGAAUAUUUCAGUCAACGUCCUUGACUGCGAUACCAUAGGCCAAGCCAAAGAAAAGAUUUUCCAAGCGUUCUUGAGCAAAAACGGCUCUCCUUAUGGACUCCAGCUCAACGAGAUUGGUCUUGAGCUUCAAGUGGGCACACGACAAAAAGAACUUCUGGAUAUUGACAGUUCCUCUGUGAUUCUUGAAGAUGGAAUAACCAAGCUGAAUACCAUUGGCCACUAUGAGAUAUCAAAUGGAUCCACUAUAAAAGUCUUUAAGAAGAUAGCAAAUUUUACUUCAGAUGUGGAGUACUCGGAUGACCACUGCCAUUUGAUUUUACCAGAUUCAGAAGCAUUCCAAGAUGUGCAAGGAAAGAGACAUCGAGGGAAACACAAGUUCAAAGUAAAAGAAAUGUAUCUGACAAAGCUGCUGUCGACCAAGGUGGCAAUUCAUUCUGUGCUUGAAAAACUUUUCAGAAGCAUUUGGAGUUUACCCAACAGCAGAGCCCCAUUUGCUAUAAAAUACUUUUUUGACUUCUUGGAUGCCCAGGCUGAAAAUAAAAAAAUCACAGAUCCUGAUGUCGUACAUAUUUGGAAAACAAACAGCCUUCCUCUUCGCUUCUGGGUAAACAUCCUGAAGAACCCUCAGUUUGUCUUUGACAUUAAGAAGACACCACACAUAGAUGGCUGUUUGUCAGUGAUUGCUCAGGCAUUCAUGGAUGCCUUUUCUCUCACGGAGCAGCAACUAGGGAAGGAAGCACCAACUAAUAAACUGCUCUAUGCCAAGGAUAUCCCGACCUACAAAGAGGAAGUAAAAUCUUAUUACAAAGCAAUCAGGGAUUUGCCUCCAUUGUCACCUUUAGAAAUGGAAGAAUUCUUAACUCAGGAAUCUAAGAAACACGAAAAUGAAUUUAAUGAAGAAGUGGCCUUGACAGAAAUCUACAAAUACAUCGUAAAAUAUUUUGAUGAGAUUCUAAAUAAACUAGAAAGAGAACGAGGGCUGGAAGAAGCUCAGAAACAACUCUUGCAUGUAAAAGUCUUAUUUGAUGAAAAGAAGAAAUGCAAGUGGAUGUAAGCACUCUGGGCCUGGCUUAACCUGGCAAAGUUCUUCAGACGACUUGGGAGCAAAAUGGCUGCUUGAGCUACUCUGUGUCGUUAAUUUUUAAGUUUGCACAUGGGUUCCACUUUGAGCACUGUCUUUUCAAGAGACCAAGGCACAUGCACAGCUUUUAGAAAGCAUAUCAACCACUGUGCCUGUGUGUAUACCGUGGGAACCCUUCUGUAAAUAGAGUGGAAGUGGUUGUUGCAAACAGCCUCCUUGUUUACAGAGAAUACAGGGCCAGUAAGCAAGUGUCAGUAUUGUAAUUACAGUCUCCACUUAAGCACAAUGUUAUCUAAGUGGUUUUGUUGGAAAACUACAGCUAUGUAGCACUUGUGACUACACUGCACCUCUGCAGAAAAGGGAUACUCAAAACAAAAUGUGAAAUGAGUCAUUUGGAAACAAGGUGGGAGUGUUAGGGCAACCUCGAGGAUUUGCAGCAUUGAAACUUUCCCUAGUAGUUCUUGGAAAAGCUGACCGCAGAAUUUGGUAGUGUGUACACUUAGCAUUUGUGAGUGUGUGUGUGUGUUUAAACCAAAAACUAACAGUGUUGCAGCAUUGUUGAAAGGGCUCGUGUUUUUCAGCGGUCACCAACUGCACUCCACCGAACUCACCUCCAUUGCAUCAAGGAGCUCUAAAGCAAGGAGAGUGAGUGGGCUUUACUGAAAUGCAACAGCAUUUUACCCACUGUGUCCUAAUGUAUGUUCCUUUUUUAUCUUUUCAUACUAAAUGUAUUUGAUAGUGGACAUGUUGGGUAUUAUAUAAAUGAAAAAAUUGUUUAUUUCUGUUGAAAAACCUUGAUCAGAACUAUCUGUGGAAGUGUAAGUCACUCCUCUAAUCCUACAUUUCUAUACUAGUGUCUCCUUGCUUUAGAUUUCUGGUGAACCCUGUGGUUAUAAAUACUUGUGUGUGAUUAAAAAAAAAAGAUACAUUUUGCAUUUCAUCAAACUGUUGUUCACACUGGAGUAUUAUAUAUAAAUAUAUAUAUUUGAGGCCCAAGGCCUGAGAAAUAUUAGUAUACAACUUGGUAUCUUAGUCUUACUAUGUACUUUUUGAAAGUAUUCCUUACAGGAGAAAGAAUUUAAAAUACCCAUUUUAUUCAUGCCUUUCUUUUUAAACAAUUCCCUUUCCAGUUAUAUUGUAGUCUUUUUAUUGCUGAGUUUUUUAUUCCUGAAUUUUUGCUGCUCAUGACCAAUUUUAAUACCACUGUGUUUUCCUUCUAUUAAAUCAGAAGUAAAAAGUGUUAAUUGGCAACUCUCAAGCUUUCCUUGUGGCAGGCACCUUUUACCCUUGGUGCUCCAAAUCCCUAAUCUAGGAUAGAAAUUUUUUCAAGUAGCAAAUAAACCACUGAUCCCACAUUCCUUAAACCCAUUUACCAACACUGUAUGGAACAUCAGGAUUGAAACGUAAGUUCGUUAGGUAAACGCAACUCAUAUUUGCUCCUUAAUAUCUGGUAAACUGUGAGAGAGGUGACACCUCAUCAAAGGGUUAAGAGAAAUAAGCAGUUACUGCCCUGAUACACACAUUCCCAAUCCUAUCACUUUUGACCACUGUCUGUCCAAAGGACACAUCUCAAAAAUACUACCAAAUAGAUUACUUGUAGGUCUAAAGGUGAGAGGUCUGGUCCCCAUCCAAAGCUGCUACAGUCUUCAAAGAGGUGAAGGCAUUCAUAAGAGAACUGUAAGAGUGAGAGCCAAGGGUAGGAGAGUUGCCCAAAAGACUUCCCUUCUCCAGGGUACAGAAAACUCAAAGGAUCAGCGACAGCUUUAUUUAUCUAAGUACUUACUAAAUGCUACACGAGGAUGUUCCUGUCCAGCUCUGGCACAUGAGUCCUGUGUGGAGAGUUACCUCCUCUUCCAGGUACUGUGCUGUUAGAAACUUUGGGCAAGUCACUUACCUCUUUGUGCCUCGAUUUCUGUAUAAUAUUUCUAACCUACCUCACUGAGGUGGUGUGAAGAUUCACUAAUGUAUGUAGCGUGUUUGUCAAUCCACCAGUGAAGAGCACUAUCUAGAUCACAUUUUGGAUCACAUUAGCCAAAUGCAGUAAAUGGCCAAAUCAGAUGUGUGCUGAAGACAAUCAGUCACUGGGUCUACAUUAAACAGCAACUAGAGAAACAAAUGGCAAACAAUAUUUUUAAGUUUCUUUGCAUAUUUUUUGGUGCAAAACAAUUCAUUUAUAAACUUUUUUUUUCUAACACUAGUGUCUACAGCAGCAUUUAAAAAAUUAAUUCUGUUAUCUUUUCCAUAUUAGGAUUUAAAGUCUAUUUCUUAUUGUAUACCUGAUUGAAGCUGUUCUUGGAGAUGAAUGUUUUAAAUGUCUAUAUCCAAAAAUAAACAUUUUGAUGUAA